AAGCCGGGCCGCCCCCUCCCCGCUUAUACCCCUCCGCGCCGGCCUCAAAAUGGCCGCCUUCUGGCGUUUCUGGCGCUGUUGAAUGGAGAAAGCUUUAUUGUUCCCUUCGGGCAGGAGUGUUCGUGUCCUCUAUGGCGCUGUCAAUAAAGAACGGCAGUUUGAAUCGGUGCUGAACAGGAUCUAAUACUGAUCCUCACAAAGCGAUUCUGAAAGAAGAGAGGAAGAGAAGUCCUCGGGCAGAGCUGAUGCGAUGGAGCUCCCCAACUACAGCCGGCAGCUGCUGCAGCAGCUCUACACCCUGUGCAAGGAGCAGCAGUUCUGUGACUGCACCAUUUCCAUUGGUACCAUUUACUUCAGGGCCCACAAGCUUGUCCUGGCCGCUGCCAGCCUGCUGUUCAAAACCCUGCUGGACAACACAGACACCAUCUCCAUUGACGCCUCUGUCGUGAGCCCUGAGGAGUUUGCCCUCUUGUUAGAAAUGAUGUACACAGGCAAGCUACCUGUGGGCAAGCACAACUUCUCCAAAAUCAUCUCUUUAGCCGACAGCCUGCAGAUGUUCGAUGUGGCUGUCAGUUGUAAAAAUCUUCUGACUAGCCUUGUAAACUGCUCUGUUCAGGGUCAGGUGGUGAGGGAUGCCUCCACACCAUCCCUGGAGUCAUCCAAGAAGGAGUCGGAGAAGCCCGAAGUAGAAAUCCUUUCCUCCGAGGAUGCUGGAGAGCUUCAUUCUUCUCUGGAGGUUUCCACCCCUCCAGGGGGGCCUGUGAAAGCUGAGAUGGAGGAGGCAAUCCAGACGGUUGCACAAGAGUUGAGUGUGGAUCCCUCCACUGCCCAGGAGAUUCAGGGCAAUGCAGACACCCCAGCUGAAGUUUGUUCCCCCUCCCCUGUUGUGCAGACCUUUAGUGGGGCAAAGGAAGCCAGCACAGAACCAGAGUAUGAGGGGAAACAUUACCAGCUGAAUUUUCUUCUAGAAAAUGAAAAUAUCUUCUCAGAUGCACUCUUGAUUACCCAGGAUGUUUUAAAAAGACUAGAAGAAUGUUCAGAAAUUAAAGGCACACAGAAGGAGACCCUAAUAGGAUGUCUUGAGGGGGAAGAAGGACAAUCAGCAUUCCAGAGAAUCCUGGAUAAAGUAAGAAAUGAGAGCCUGGAUGUUCAGACUGUUGUGUCCCUGUUGAGGCUGUACCAAGAUUCUAAUCCUGCAGUAAAGUCAGCCCUGCAAGACAGAAAGCCCGCAGACGCAGAAGCAGCACAGCCAAAAGGGAGCACAGAGGAGGGAAAGACCUUGUCUGUUCUGUUACUAGAACACAAAGAGGACCUGAUCCAGUGCGUAACACAGCUGAGACCUAUCAUGGAGUUCCUGGAAACAGCCAAGGAGGAAUUCCUGACUGGCACUGAGAAAAGGGUGAUUCUGAAUUGCUGUGAGGGCGGAACACCCAAGGAGACAAUAGAAAACUUGUUGUACAGAAUGUCUGAAGAGAAGACCCUGAGUGCUGGGAGUUUGGUAAAACUCCUUCAGGCAGUGAAGAUGACAUUCCCAAACUUGGGCCUUCUGCUGGAGAAUUUGCAGAAAUUAGCCACUUUGCCGAGCACCACAGUCCAAGCAAGCCCUGAUGAUUAUGGGAUUGAGCUGUUGAGACGGUAUCAUGAAAACCUCUCUGAGAUUUUCACAGACAACCAGAUGUUACUAAAAAUGAUCCCACACGUGAAGAGUUUAGCCCCUGGAGAAAGAGAGGUCAUGGAGAAGCUCGUGAAACGUGACUCUGGUUCGGGUGGUUUCAGUGCUCUGAUGUCAGCAGCUCUAGAAAAGCAGGCUCUCUCUGCAACAGCCAUUUGGCAACUGCUGCUGGUGGCUCAGGAAACAAAGACCUGCCCGUUGAACCUGCUCCUGGAGGAAAUACGAAGGGAGCCUGGCGCCGACGCUUUCUUCCGGGCAGUGGCCACACCAGAAAGUGCUGCCUUUGAAACCAUCCUGAGGCAUCACAGACUGAUCCUAGAGGCCGCCCAGCGAAGGGCUGAGCUCAGGUGCUUGACCUCAGAGGAGGAGCAGCUGGCAGAGACAGUGAAAGAGAUUCUGAGCAUUUCCUCUGAGACAACCAGCCCUGAAGCUUCCCUGAGAGCAUUGCUGAGCAGAGCCAUGGAAAAGUCCAUCUCAGCCCUUGAAAUAUGUCAGCUUCUGUGCAGCGUCCACAGGUCUUUCCCAGGCCUACAGCCUGUCAUGCAGGAGUUAGCGAACACUGGUUUCCUUACUCAGGAAAACGGAGAGAAGGAAACGUGGGCGGUGAGUAGUAAAUUUCACCUUGAAGCCAAGGACAAAGCAGACGAAAAGACAGCUGAGCCAGCUGAAGAAGACUGCCAGCCUGGGAAGCAGAACGGUCAAGGAGAGACAGGCUCCUUGCCAGAGCAACACGAGAAAGACACUUCUGCCUCCCCAGACUCUGCCAAGAAGAGCUUCAUCUGUAAGGCCUGUGACAAAAGCUUCCAUUUCUACUGCCGCCUCAAGGUACACAUGAAGCGCUGUCGGGUGGCCAAGAGCAAACAGGUGCAGUGUAAGGAGUGUAAUGAGACCAAGGAUUCUAAGAAGGAGCUGGAGAAGCAUCAGCUGGAGGCUCAUGGUGCAGGUGGAGAGCCUGACGUCCCCAAGAAGAAGAAGAAGAGGCUCCCGGUGACAUGUGACCUCUGUGGAAGAGAAUUUGCUCAUGCCUCAGGCAUGCAGUACCACAAACUGACAGAGCACUUUGACGAGAAGCCAUUCUCCUGUGAAGAGUGUGGGGCCAAGUUUGCGGCCAAUUCUACCCUGAAGAACCACCUUCGCCUUCACACUGGGGACCGCCCGUUCAUGUGCAAGCACUGCCUCAUGACCUUCACCCAGGCCUCUGCCCUCGCCUACCACACCAAGAAGAAGCACUCAGAAGGAAAAAUGUAUGCGUGCCAGUACUGUGAUGCGGUGUUUGCUCAGUCCAUCGAGCUGUCCCGCCACGUGAGGACCCACACCGGGGACAAGCCGUAUGUCUGCAGGGAUUGUGGCAAGGGCUUCCGGCAAGCCAAUGGCCUCUCCAUCCACCUGCACACCUUUCACAACAUAGAAGAUCCCUAUGACUGCAAGAAGUGCAGGAUGAGCUUCCCAACUCUGCAGGACCACCGCAAGCACAUCCACGAGGUGCACUCCAAGGAGUACCACCCCUGCCCCACAUGCGGGAAGAUCUUCAGCGCCCCCUCCAUGCUGGAGCGGCACAUGGUGACCCACGUGGGAGGGAAGCCUUUCAGCUGCGGGAUCUGCAACAAGGCCUACCAGCAAUUGUCUGGUCUAUGGUACCACAAUCGGACCCACCACCCUGAUGUGUUUGCUGCUCAGAACCAUCGGUCUUCCAAGUUCUCAUCAUUGCAGUGCAGCUCCUGUGACAAAACCUUUUCCAAUACCAUUGAACACAAGAAGCACAUCAAAGCAGAGCACGCAGAUAUGAAGUUCCACGAGUGUGACCAGUGUAAGGAGCUCUUCCCCACGCCGGCUCUGCUGCAGGUCCACAUCAAGUGCCAGCAUUCAGGGUCGCAGCCAUUCCGCUGCUUGUACUGUGCGGCUACUUUCCGCUUCCCGGGAGCACUGCAGCACCACGUCACCACCGAGCACUUCAAGCAGUCGGAGAGCACCUUCCCCUGUGAGCUCUGUGGGGAGCUCUUCACCUCCCAGGCUCAGCUGGACAGCCACUUGGAAUCUGAACACCCAAAGGUGACGGGCACUGAAACCCGAGCAGCCGCCUCACAGGUGGUGCAGGUGAUCGAAACCCCAGAGCCAGUGGCCCCAGCGGAGCAGGUGAUCACUUUGGAGGAGACCCAGCUUGCUGGUUCGCAGGUGUUUGUGACAUUGCCAGAUUCACAGACAUCUCAGACCAGCUCUGAGCUGGUGGCGGUGACCGUGGAGGACUUGCUGGACGGUACGGUGACCCUGAUCUGCGGGGAGGCCAAGUGAGUGGCUGCUCAUUGUGGAGGGUCCUGCGUUUGCAGCAGAGAGAACAGCUCCACCCUUCCUCCCUGGCUGACCUGAGUACUGAGCAUCUCAGCCUAGCACCAGCCAGAAUGGUCUCACUUGGAAAACAGAAGCAUCAUUGUUAUAAAACCCACAUCUGCAUCAACAUCAACACGACUGCCCUCCAAAGCAGGCAGAUCUAUUCCCCACAGGCCUGCUGCUGCGGCCUCUGACUGUUCAUCUCCAAGUGGAGUGUAGCCUCUGAAAUAGGGUCUGAAAGAGCAGAGGGAUAGGAGCUGGUGACCAGAGUAACCAGAGAGGUGUGAGCUGCCGGCAGCCCUCAGGGUGCAGACCGUGGCCCACAGAGCGAGGCUGCAGACGCUGCCGGUGCCUUCUGGCCAUUUUUUAAAAUGAGAGAAAAGCACCGACAGACCAUCCUGGGACCCCCAGGCUUGAGCACACUUGGCCUUUCCUCACUUCUAUCAUCCUUCCAGCACCCGCCCCCCAUGUUGGCAGUAGGACAAGUGGCAGCAUGUUAGCACAGGAGGGCUUCAUCUACAUGCUGAGUCCCCUUCCCACAGCGAAGCCUUUGGAGUAUUUCUGCUGAAAGUGUUCAGUGUGAGGCCAUCUAGCUGCAAACCAUCUCUGCCUUUCCAGGAAAUUCUUCAUGGUGUUCUUCACCUGAGGCUGGUUCCCACAGCUUUUCUAUGUUGUCCUCAUCCCCUGUCCCUAAUCAAAGCCUGAAACUUCUACCUGGCCUGGAGGCCUCGCCUCCUCCCUCUGGGUCAUGUAAUACAUGUAACAUAGCCAGUGAACCAGCGCCGGCUGGAGUUGGGGGGGCGCCCGUGAUGGCCCCUGGCUCUUCUCCUGCCACGAUCUUCCAUGCCUUGUGAGUGACCUGCUGUCUGAGCUCUUCCAGGCUCCACUGUUACUGCAGGUCAGUGAUCCUCUGGAGUCUGAAUUUCACAAAGCUUUUUUAUCUUCGGUUCCUAAAAUAUAAUCUGAUAAUUAAUGGUUUAUGGAAUCCAUUAUGAAGUGCAAUUAGAGGGAUGUAGGUUCCCGCCGUUUGGAGGGAAUGACUAGCAUUUAUCUUCCUUUCCUUGAUGCCAGAAGGUUGAAGUCUGCUAGUGCAGUGUUUACACACCAAGCACGGCUCCCUGCCACAUUGUAUGGUUGGCCCCUACAGAGCGCAGUGCCCGUUUGACCAGUCACCCUCAAAAUACAGGCUGGCAGAAGACAAGCUCACCCCUUCUUUCUAAGCACACCUCACAUCACCAGGUCCAAGCAGGAGAGGGAGUUGAUCUGGGUCGUGGUCGGUAUUUUUAUUACCACCACGCUCUGCUGGAAGGGGGGGGUGGAUCCUUAACUCUGGCAGUAUGUCCUCUGGCUGGCCCUCCUGCUUCCUGUAGGCAGCAGGGCCAGCUCUCCCAGCAGCUACUCCUGCCCCAGUAGUGUGCUUGUUUUGAUAUGCACAUCACUAGAGCUUGUCACCUCAGGGCUCUUCCCAUUCUGAAGUACAUGAAGUUUUCACAGGCAAAUUGGCCUCAAAAGCCAAUAACUGACCAGAAGAUGGUGCUCAAACCUUUAAGACUUUGCCUCCCUGUGAGGCCCUCACUGCUUCUGCCAAGGCUGUCUCUGUCUUAAGAUUUUUCAGUCCUGGGAGCUGUCAGACCAGGAGAGCUGCUGAUCUGCAAGUGAUGCAGUGGCACUGAAUCUCCCCCUGGCACCAGAUAAGACCCACAGAAGGAGAAUGGAGUGGCCAUGCUCGCAGGGCGCGGAGGCCAAGCCCAACAGGUGAGGGUGCAGCUCCACACAGGCCAUGGUGGCUGGGAAUCGCAGCACCGUCAGAGCUUCUUCCAGCCAAGAAACAAAAUACACUUAAAAAUUAGUUGCUGAGGUCCUAUGGGGGAAAGUGAUUUUUCUUUUUGAAGAGUCUUCUGAAUAAAGAAGUCUGUAAGCUUUAAACCCAACUUUCAGAUUCUUUCAAGUACUGAGAAACCCUUCUCAGGUUUCCCACGGAGACCCAGAUUGUGGCGGGACACUCGUUUUCUUCAUAGUCACCAGACUCACAAGUCGCUUUGCCGAGAGCACAGAGAGGGAGCGGCUACCAGCUGCGCUCUCCACCCUCCCCUCAGGCACAGCCGGCGGGAGGCAUGAGCCCUGGGCUGGGUCUAGUCCACAGUGAGGGAGAGGUCUGUCCUGAGUUUAGCUUUGCUCCCAGCGGACCUCUGCAAGAUGCCACACUGGCCAUGAUUUCACAGUGUUGCUCCCUAGAGACGCCCACACGUGGAUUUUAUUGUAGAAGGACUUUUUCUAGCUCCGCUUGGUCAUUUUAUUCUUUUCUCCCACUUCUGCCCAAGAGACCUGAACUGCUCCCACAGAGGGCAUUGUUUAUCGUGGUCCCCUUGUCCGUGUCACUUGCUUUCAUGUGGCAGUGGCGGUCUCUUUGCCUUAUUGCCAUGGGUGCUGCCCUUCUGGCCUCAGGACUGAACCCGGGGGCACUUGCAAUGGCGUGGAGGAGUCUAUGGCUUCUUGUAACAGCUGGACUUGUUCAGUGGGGCCCCAAUCCUUCUCUGCCCCAGAGCUUAUGAAGCAGCUGGUGAGGAGGAAAAGGCAGGCAGAUUCCAAGCUGGAGUCUCAUUCCAUGAGAAUAAUAGAGACCAUUUAUGGAAUAGCAUUUGCCCAUCCCAGGUAAGUCAGACAGACAGCAAACAGAUGACUCAACAGCAAGGAUUGCCAUGGGAAGACAGGGCUGUCCAAGGAUGUGAGCAGAACACCUGGAACUAGAUGGGCAGCAAAGGGGCAGAGACAAGGGUCUUUACUCAUUUAUUAUAUAAAGCCUUACUCUUCUGUUUCAGAAGCUUUAUGUUUGGAAAACACUGAACCCAGGGAGUACCACGGUCUGCAGUGUGAAUUCUCGGCUCCCCUGGUCGUUCAGGUCCCCUCUGAGUCUCCCCUCCCACAGCCUAGGAACGCACGUCAGCCCCAUGCCCCAGGGAGGAGCCCUGGUAGUCAGGGGCUGAGGAUGAAACAGACCUAGUCCAACAAGUGUGACUGGAGGGACGAGGACUCUGUUCUCUGCUCAGGGUCUAAAUUGUGGAGAAAGAUGUGAUGGGCCCAAAGAGUUUCCCUCAGCCCAGGAGACACUGUGGUCCCCAUAGGCUGAUGACUUACUGAUGUGUGUGUGUCAGGUAGGGGGUGCCUUUACAUUUCAUGUGCCUGAGAUCUGUGAACUGACCAAGGGAUGGAGGAACUGCCAGCCUUACAUAGAAUGGUUCUAGGGGACAAGCAAUAUUUCUGUUAAAUUGGGACAAGAAAGUUGGACGAUGGAGAAAAUAAUGCUCCCAAAGGUAGAAUUCAGCAGCCCCAGCCCUGCUGCACUUGGCCCAGUGCAUUGCAGGCUUGCUUGGGAGGUGGGGAGACAAAGGGAGUGAAAGAAAGAUUUGCGGCUGAAGGGAGUGUUUUGGUGCUAUGGAAAGCCUUGGAGCUGGUGGCACUUGGGCCAGGAGCUCAGAAGCACAGCCAGAGCUCAGGCACUUGCUGCUCCUAUGACUCAGCCCGUGAGAUGGGGAAGCUGCUGUGCUAUGGGGAUUACAUUGUUGGGGGGGAGCGGAUUAUCCAUAAAGCUAAUUUAGAUGCUUCCAGAUGGUAGAAAUGUUUUAUCGUUUCCCUUAACAAAGGCCAGCCACACCUGCUGCCACCCAUGGUCAGGACAGCUAGCCAGCACACGGUGCUGUGUAAACUGGACUACAGACCAUUAUUCGUGUUCAACUUGCACUACUCUGUAUAAAUAAAAUAUGUACUUUGCAAAAACUAA